GCUCGGAGAUCUUGGCGGAGAAGGGUCGGCGGUGACCGGAGAGCGGAUCUAUGGAGCGGGGACGGAUCGUACGGCGGUGAUCGGUGAUGGGAAGCCUGGAUACCUGAUCUGGAUCGGAGGAUGGAUGCUGUGCGGGGGCUGAUCGGGCUCCUCAUCGCCCUGUGCCGGGUGUGUGUCCUGCAAGGGAAGAACCUGGAGCCGGUCACCUGGAACUCCCAGAACUCCCGGUUCCUAUCGGGAAAGGGCUUGGUUAUACACCCAGCGAUCGGAGACCGAUUGGACAUUAUUUGCCCCAAGGGGGAGCCAUCGCGGCCUUAUGAGUAUUACAAGCUGUACAUGGUUCGCAAAGAACAGGCUGAAUCCUGCAGCACCGUUAUGGAUCCCAAUGUCUUGGUUACGUGCAAUCAGCCGGAAAAAGAAUUUCGAUUCACCAUUAAAUUCCAGGAGUUCAGCCCGAACUACAUGGGCCUGGAGUUCAGAAGGAACCAGGACUACUACAUCACAUCUACAUCCAAUGGGACGAAGGAGGGCCUGGAGAACCGAGAAGGAGGCGUGUGCCAGACACAGUCCAUGAAAAUUAUCAUGAAGGUUGGGCAAGACCCCAACGCACCAGAUCAUGUCUCUACCAGCCGACCUAGAGAUGACAAUACUGGAAAGCUGGCGACACCGGGCCCCUGGAACAAUAAGGAGGUGCCAGGAGAUCCUGGCAAGUCAGAUACUGUGAAUCAGUCCAACACGCCCUCUGGAGGAGGGAUCGACGGUUUCUUUAGCUCCAAGAUCGCGGUGUUCGCCGCCAUCGGAGCCGGAUGCGUCAUCUUCAUCCUCAUCAUAAUCUUCCUGAUCGUCCUGCUUAUCAAGAUCCGCAAGCGGCACCGCAAGCACACGCAGCAGAGGGCAGCCGCCCUGUCGCUCAGCACGUUGGCCAGUCCCAAGUGCAGCGGGAACGCAGGCUCCGAGCCCAGCGACAUCAUCAUCCCGCUGCGGACUACAGAGAACAAUUACUGCCCGCACUAUGAGAAGGUGAGCGGGGACUACGGGCACCCGGUGUACAUUGUUCAGGAAAUGCCACCUCAAAGCCCCGCAAACAUUUACUACAAGGUCUGAGAAAAAUGGAGGGACGGCGACUUCACCACCUUGCUCCCCGACCGGGGAAAAUGGUCAAUCCGGUAACCUGGAGCACAGGCCAAAGGUCACUCUGCAUAAAGGACUCUGAGAGACGGAGCAAUAAGACUAAAAUUUUCCCUACGUUAGGUAUUUUUUAUAUAGUCCCCCCUCCCCCUCUCCCCCAAUUGUUCUGCUCCCUUUUAUUGUCCAGGGGGAGGGCGGAUCGGAUCUGCUCUUUGCACACCUGUGGCAGUCAUCCCUUGACCGAGGAGAGGCGGCAUGGAUUUCCUUCUACCGCAAUGUGUCUUGUGGGGUGGGGGGGGGCCCUCUAUCAUGCAGGUAGUAUAGAUGAUUGUGAAAUUUGUUCGGCAAGCUGGUGAUCAGUACCAUGUAUGACGAGGGGUGGGAAUGAGCUUGGCAACCUCGGGGUCACCGGUUUCAUGAGCACAUUGGUGCAGGCUUACCUGGACUCCGACAUGUUGGGACUGAUGGACUUGAGUAUCUUCCGGGUAGAGCGAAGGUCAUUCUGCCAAGGCGAAACCCACCCUGAGCCAUAGGGCGGGCAACUACUCCAACCACUCAUGUACCGGUGCACGCCACGCAUACUACCUGUGUACGCAUAUGCACUUAAUUGCACAACCCUUCCAUUAGGCUGUGUCUCACCAUGUGCUGCCCAUUAUGUGAUGGAGCUAAAGGUGGCUGUGGGCACCAGCUGCUGGGUCUCGCCAUCUGCUGCCCAUUGGUUAAAAUAUGGUGGUGGUAAAGGAAUCUGGGUAACAGCUGCUGGGUCUCGCCAUCUGCUGCCCAUUGGUUGUGCUUAAACUAAAGGAGUCUGGGCACCAGCUGCUGGGUUUCACCAUCUGCUGCCCAAUGUUUGUAAUGCUAUGAAGCUAAAGGUGUCUGGGCAACAGUCUCUGCAUCUCACCACCUGCUGCCCAUUGCUUGUAAUGUGAUGGAGCUAAUGGGCACCAAUGGAUAUGUCUAACCACUUGCUGUCCUUUUUUAUAGAUGUGAUGGUGCUAAAGGUAUAUGGGCACCAGCUGCUGCAUCUCACCAUGUGCUGCCCUUUGGAUAUAAUGAGGUGGUGUUAAAGGUAUCUGGGCACCAGUCACUGCGUCUCACCACCUGCUGCCCAUUGGAUAUAAUGUUAUGGUGCUAAAAGUGUCUUGGCACCAGCCUUUGGGCAUUGCCAUCUGCUGCCCUUUGGUUGUAAUGUGAUGGAGCUAAAGGUGUCUGGGACCAGCCAUUGGGGCUCACUGCCUGCUUGCCCAUUUUUAUACAUUGCAAUGGAGCUAAAGGUGUCUGGGCACCAGCAGCUGCGUCCCAUCACCUGCCCAUGCGAUAUAUGGUGUGGAAGGUUGUUGGUGCACCAGCUGUUGGGUCUCGCCAUCUGCUGCCCAUUGGUUGUAAUAUGAUGGAGCUAAAGGUGUCUGGGCACCAGCGGCUGCAUCUCCCCACCUGCUAUCCUUUGGAUAUAAUGUUACAGUGCUAAAGUUUGUGGGUGCUCCAGCCAUUGGGUUUCACCAUCUGCUGCCCAUUGGCUAUAAAGUGAUGGAGCUAAAGGUGUCUGGGACCAGCCAUUGAGGCUCACUGCCUGCUUGCUCAUUUUUUAUAUUGUGAUGGAGCUAAAGGUGUCUGGGCACCAGUGGCUGUGUCAUCACCUGCUGCCCAUUGGUUACAAUGUGAUGGAGCGAAGGGUGUCAGGGAUUAGCUGUUGGGUCUCACCACCUGCUGCCCAUUGGUUGUAGAGUAAUGAAGCUAAAGAUGUCCAGACACCAGCGGUUCUAAAACCUAGCAAAGGCAACCACAAGUUCAAGGUUUUGGCAGCAACCACGAUCACUAAAGCCACUCAGGACUGUUGUGACCCACAGUUUUACUUUGAUGCAACGUCCCUGCUGGUCUUCUGUACCAAACAUCUUGGAGUUCACGAUGGUGGUCAGCAAUGGGUUUUGGGUGGUUUUCUAGGAAUUUUUUCUUUUGUAGCUGUUCCACAAUUCUGUCUUUGAGAAGCAAAGUAUAACAUGCAGCUGGGUACCUAUUGGAGGUUGGCGUGACACCAUGGCUCUCAUAAACCAGGCCUUGGCCCAGAUGUUGGGGCCUGGUGACCUAGACCGCUGCCUGUGCCAGCAUUGCUAAUGAGAUUCUUCUUGGGUUCCUCAGAGUAGUCAUUGCUAAGUGAUGUAAGAAUCUGUGGUUUAGGGCCAUGAAUAUCACCGUGGGGUUAGGCUUCAUUUACUAGCAGGGACAAAGCUAGUCAACUGUUCUUGAUGCGCCCCUGUCUUGCUAAUACCCGUUGGGUAAUAAGUACACAAUGGUUUCUACAUCUUGUGCACCUCUGCAGCACUGCCUUGGCAUUUGCACGAACUUGUCUUGUGGAUCAGACAGCAGUCCGAAGUGAUCUUUCCGUGUUUGGAUACCUUGGGUGCUACUCAAAUUGCAGAAGCCCCUCACCAAUAUGGCUCAAGCCUGGUCGAUACGGGUUCCUACCCUCUUUGUAAUGCCAUUGCUCUUGCUAAAGCCUGGGAGCCUGCUGAGGAAUUCCUCCACCGUGGACCUCCCUGGUUGAGUUUUGGUGUGCCGGGCCUUUGAAACCCCUUCAGGCAGUUGGGCGUUGAAUUGGACUUCUAUGCGGUUUCCUUCAGCGUGUGCAGUCAGAACACUUGUUCCUUAUUAAAGUGUAGCCUGAGCAAUGCAUCUCUGCAAUGCAUGCUUCCAUUUUCCAUGCCGUGCAGAAAAAUCUGAUCCUCCAAAAAUGUAGCAAAAACCCAACUUUUCGUAAUCUGACGCUUCCGGUGUGGACAGCCCUGGGCUGUGAGUCCAGCUUUGACGGCUUGCCAAGGGAAGUUACGAGCUCUAUUGGCUUUUUACGGUAAGCGCCAAUCUCUUUAGAUUGGCACUUCCCAAUCCCGACAAAUUUGCCAUUCCUGUAAAAAGCCAGUGAGCUCCUAACUUCCCAUAGCAAGCCGACAAAGGGGAGGAAUCCAAUGUUCCUGGUCCCUCCAAGUCGGGAGUUGCCGGCAUGUGAACCUUGCUUAUCCAAUAGUGAGGAUCCUUGUAUUCUUUGAAGAACGCCACACUCCUAGCCCAACUGGAGCAUGUGUAGAAGGGCCUCGGACAGCGCUAUACCACAAACCACGCCUACUGACGCAUUUCGCUUCCGUCUAAGCCAUGGUGGGCGGGGGCCUAAUGAGUCGGUGGGCGUGGUUUGAGUAAAGCUGUCCGAGGCCCUUCUUCUACACUUGCACACAUGCUCCGUUUUUAGGCCGGGAUUGCGACGUUCAUCAAACGCAGGAUUUUUCUGUACUUUUUGGAACGUAAAAAAGGGAAAUGUGCAUGUACUGCAGAGAUGUACACUUUUUUUUUUGCCCGGUCAUACACCUUGAGUUGAGUCGCUCAGUGCAGUCUAAAUGUGAAAUUUUAUGUGCAUGUGGCUCACACAUGAAACCCUUUUAUGCAAAUAACAAACCUCACACACCAAGUCAUCCCGUCAAUACACCUAUAUGCAUCGAACGUUCACACCUUCCAGUCUGUGCCUUUAUAGACACGGGCUCAUAUAACCCGAGGCUGUCCUGUGUUCCCCAUUCCUACCACUGUCCAUAAAAGCAAACAUUCCUGUCUUUUCACAACACCCCCACCCCCCCACCCACAGAUUUUUCUUUUCCUUGAUAUUAUCACCCACCACAUUUUAACCCUUUUUUACAUUAAAUCCCAGUCCAAUAGGGCCCCUUCAAGACAGGCGAAGCAUGGCACAUCCCCCCCCCACCCCCCACCCCAAUCUCUUAGCCUGCUUUUAUUUGUACUUGCUCUUUUCACGCUAUUUUGGUUUUUGGAGUGCUACACCAGAGGCACAUGCAUAUGCUUGUUCACUCCUCUGCACUUAAAAAACACACCCUGUUGUAAAUCCUGUUGUGGAAGGGUUUCCUCUAUGCUUGCCUGAGCACAACCGCCCGAGUCGGGACAUGUGCUGCACAUCUGAUUUUGCUCCCUUUUUUUUUUUCUCCUAAUAGAUCAUGAAGGGUUAUAUAACUGACUGGCACGCUGCAAUUGGCGCAUUCAGGGUCAGUCGUGGGCAGAUAACACGCUGCAAGCUUGAUGGAAUGCAAAAAGAAACUCCUAAAACAGAGGAUGUGCAUGGAGUAUUGGGGUUGCUGCAACUGCUCACACCCCCAACUAUACACCAACUAGGAGUAUUUUCUGCAUGCCGUCAAACUUGUGGAGGAGAUGCAUUGAGUGUAUGUGUUGUGGAAAUGGCUCACUGACUACACAUUGCAAGUUUGAUGGCAUGCAAAAAAUACUGCUGGAUGGAGGACAUGCUUUGAUUAUUGGGGUUGCUGAAACUGCUCUACGUCAAGGCUCAUACCUGACUGCAAGUUUUUUGGGGUUUUUUUGAGGCACAAAUCGGUUGCCAAAAAAUACUUUAAUGGAGAAGAUGCAUUGAGUAUUGGGGUUGCUGCAACUGCUCACCCCCAACUGCACAUUGCAAGUUUGAUAGAAUGUAAAAAAUACUCCUAGAUGGAGGAUAUUGAGUAUUGGCGUUGCUGCAACAGCUCACCCCCCAACUCUACGUCAAGGAGUUUUUUUUUGUUGCAUGCCAUCAAACUUGCAAUGUGUAGCUGGGGGUGGGUUGUUGCAGCAACCGCAAUCCUCAAUGCAUUUCCUCCAUCUAGGAGUAUUUUUCACAUCCCAUCAAACUUGUGGAGGAGAUGCAUUGAGUGUAUGUGUUGUGGAAAUGGCUCCCUGACUACAUAUUGCAAGUUUGGAAUGUAAGAAAUACUCCUUAAUGGAGGACAUGCAUUGAGUACUGGGGUUGCUGCAACUGCUCAUCCCCCAACUACACAUUGCAAGUGUUUUUUUGUGGCAUCAAUGGUAUACUUUGGAGGACACCCAUUGAGUAUUGGGGUUGCAACAGCUCACCCCUGACUACACACUCCAAUCGCUUGCCAAAAAAUACUUAAAUGGUGCAGAUGCAUUGAGUAUUGGGGUUGCUGCAACUGCUCACCCCCAACUGCACAUUGCAAGUUUAAUGAAAUGCAAAUAAUACUCCUAGAUGGAGGAUAUUGAGUAUUGGUGUUGCUGCAACAGCUCACCCCCCCAACUAUACAUCAAGGAGUAUUUUUUUGCAUGCCAUCAAACUUGCAAUGUGUAGCUGGGGGUGGGCUGUUGCAGCAACCACAAUACUCAAUGGAUGUCCUCCAUCUAGGAGUAUUUUUCACAUCCCAUCAAACUUGUGGAGGAGAUACAUUGAGUGUAUGUGUUGUGGAAAUGGCUCCCUGACUACAUAUUGCAAGUUUGGAAUGUAAGAAAUACUCCUUAAUGGAGGACAUUGAGUAUUGGGGUUGCUGCAGCUGCUCACCCCCAACUGCACAUUGCAAGUUUGAUAAAAUGCAAAAAAUACUCCUAGAUGGAGGAUAUUGAGUAUUGGUGUUGCUGCAACAGCUCAUCCCCCCCCAAACUAUACAUCAAGGAGUAUUUUUUUGCAUGCCAUCAAACUUGCAAUGUGUAGCUGGGGGUGGGCUGUUGCAGCAACCCCAAUUCUCAAUACAGGUCCUCCAUCUAGGCUAGGAGUAUUUUUUUCACAUGCCAUCAAACUUGUGGAGGAGAUGCAUUGAGUGUAUGUGUUGUGGAAAUGGCUCCCUGACUACACAUUGCAAGUUUGAUGGCAUGCAAAAAAAAUACUGCUGGAUGGAGGACAUGCAUUGAGUACUGGGGUUGCUGCAACAGCUCAUGCUCAGUUACACAUUGCAAGUUUGGCAUGCAAAAAACACUCCUUCAUAUCAAGACGCAUGUUGAGUAUAGGGGGUUGCGGCAACAGUUCACCCCCCCAACUACACAUUGCAAGUUUUUUUUUAUGGCACAGUGGCUUGUAUAAAUUGACUCCUUGACAGAAGGCAUGCAUUGAGUAAUGGGGUUGUGGCAACAGCUCACCCCCCAACUACACCUUGCAAGUUUUUUGUGGCACAAAUGGCAUACUUUGGUGGAAGGCAUGCAUUGAGUAUUGGGGUUGCGGUAACCGCUCACCCCCAACUACACAUUGUGGAGCCACUGGAAUGCCGAAAAAUAAUCCUUGAGGACAUGCAUUGAGUAUUGGUUGCUGCAACGGCUUCCCACCCACCCCGAUAACCUUGCCUUGCUAGCGGCGGCGCCACCUGUGCUCCUACCUAACCUUCCCUUGGGCAGCUCCCGUACCCCCGGUUUUUUACAUUCUAUGCAGAGUUUGGAUCCGGUGUCCUUGUAUGGAGGCAGAUUAAGGGCUUGUGUGUUCUAAGGCAGCAGCUGUCUGACGGAGGAUGGGGCUGUGAGACGUCGAGUCUCAUGUGACCAGGAAAAAAAAAAGGCCUUAAAAUAGAAUUUAUAAAGCACCACACACUCGACCCCCUCCACCUCACAUGGAGCACCGUUUUUUGAUGCUGGGGUUUUCAUUUUUGGCCACAGCGCGGGGCCUGCUCUCCUCCUAUUUUUUUUUUUUGUUUUUCUCCCAGUAGAGGCCAACACAUUUCUAAGCACAUGAUCCGAAGACGAAGAAGUCCCGUAUCGGCACUCUUAUUUUACCGCCUCUGUAAAUAUAUUGUAUUCCAUUCUACGCGGCAAACCCCAGUUUUCAUUCUGCCUUUUAUUUUUAUUUUAUUUUUUUUUAGGCCAUUUCCGACGACGGGAGCAGCCGGCAUCCUAAAUAAUUAAUAAACCUCGAUUUGGCCGAAUCCUAUUGGAUGCUUUUCCGCUGUGGCUGAGCCGGCUCGUCUUUGGGGCGGCUGAAUUUUUAUCUGCACAAUUUUUAUUUUUUUAUUGCUCAUUUUCCUCUUAUUUACUACCUGAGCCCCGCCAAUUCAGUGCCCCCCCCUCCCCCAAGCAACAUUGUACAUAUUGUGAAAAUACAAAAAAGGUGACAUUUUUUGAAUUUUUAUUAGCACCUUUUUAAUUUUGCUUCAAAAAUAUGAAACAGAUCUUUUUUUUCCUCUUGUACCUUCAGAAAAUUAACUUUGAUAUUUUUUGUAAAUAAUGUGUUUUUUUUUUUUUGGAAGAAACAAAUACUGAAACUUUUUUUGUAUAAACUCCAAAUUAAUUUUCAUUUUUUAUUAGUCGAAAUUAGAUUAUUUUUUUUGUUUUUAACAUUAAAUUCCCACGCAUUAUCUUAUUCAAACAUGAAUUGAACGACGCACUCUUAAAGUAUUCACAGGAUAUGAAGCAGGCUUCAAUAAUAAAAGGAUGGUAGAGGAUAAGACACUUCUAUGUUCUUAUAUAAUUGCAUAAGACGGGGAUGUUGGAUAAUGUAUGUGAUGGACCACCUGUAUGUCGGGAGUGGUCGGGGCAGACUGACCAUGUGGGCAAACAAGUUUUUUUUUGUUUUUUUUUAAUCUGCUGUAUUUAGGGGGUCAUGUGAUUGGUGAGACUAAUAAGUAGUUCAUAAUGGUGGGGAAUCCCCCCCCCCCCAGAUUAAUAAGAUUAGAGUUCCACUCCCACUCCCUCCCCUUUUUUUUAAAUGGUCUUUUCAAGCAACGACUAGGCUUGGGUAGUCUGCAUGAUGGCCUUCCAAUGGGGUUCAUGCAAUAUUAGAUUGGAAAAACCUUUUUGUAAAGCAACUCCAUAGCCAUGUAAAUAAAAUUUUGAAUAAAGAUGCUCCUUGUAAAGAUUUUUUUUUAACCUGUCCAGCUCAACUGAUCUUCGUUCUUGAAGGUCUACCAUUGGUGAAGAAUCUUGCUCAUGGGUGUCAAACUGGUCUUUUGCUGUCCCAUCUGCUGGCCCAUCUUUCAGGACAUGGCAAUUAUGUAGCAGUUGGUUGAAUAAGGAGUGGGGGGGGCGGGGGGGUCAGGCAUAAGACCUUUCCAAAAGUGGUGGGUGCCUGGUCACUUCUGCAACUUCCACGUCGCAUAAGGACACAGACCUGGUUCGGGCUGGGGGCUUGGUUUUCCAAACGAUCCCUCUGGGGGCUUGGAAGGCCAGGGGGCUUGGUUUUCCCAAAUGAUCUCUUCAGAGCUUGGAAGGCCAGCAGGCCAUCCAGGUGCUUAGGUUUUCUAUGCGCUCCAUUUGGGGCUUCAAAGGCUAGCGGGCUCUCCAGGGCUUGGUUUACCCAAACGAUCUCUCCGGAGCUUGGAAGGCCAACAGGCCGUCCGGGUGCUUGGGUUUUCUAUGCGCUCCAUUUGGGGCUUCGAAGGCCAGCGGGCUCUCCGGGGGCUUCGAAGGCCAGCGGGCUCUCCGGGGGCUUCGAAGGCCAGCGGGCUCUCCGGGGGCUUCGAAGGCCAGCGGGCUCUCCGGGGGCUUCGAAGGCCAGCGGGCUCUCCGGGGGCUUCGAAGGCCAGCGGGCUCUCCGGGGGCUUCGAAGGCCAGCGGGCUCUCCGGGGGCUUCGUUUUCCAAGCGAUCCCAGGAUUCAACACUCCUUCUUUUAAAAAAAAUCUUCAGAUACUAAAGGAUGUUGAAGAGCAUUAGGACUGAUUAUGCUGGCGGCGGGAUAGAUAAUUUUUUUUUCUUUUACAAGCAGCAUCUUUUAGUUCAUUUUUAUUUUUUACUGGCGACGGCUGUUUUCUAAAAAUUGUGUUUUAAUGGUUUAGCAUUACCCAGGGAGAUCUCUUGACUCUUGGCUUUCCUCAUGACUGGUCAUGCAACCUGGGAAGCAAAACCCGCCAGAUAUACUGGGGAGGGGGGGUCACGUUUUGGACACAUAGUAAUCUUUUUUUUGUUUUGUGCUACUGCAUGUGCGCUCCCCUCUCUACUCAGGUGAAACCCCCUCCUCCUCUCACCGCGCCAUGCAUUCACCCCAGAAGGGGUGCACGUCUUGUGCCCAACGCCUAUUUGGCACGCAGGCUCCCAAAUCAUUGGCUUGACAUUCCCAUUUUUCAUUAAUUUAUUUGCGCUGUACCACAGAUCGGUGUAUUGAAUGCUUUUGAAAAUAGAAAUAUCUGGAAAAAGGAGGGGUGUUCCCGAGAGGAAUAGCCAUUUUGCAGGACUUGCAAAGCCAAGACCCCCUCCCCCCAAAUCAUUGUCCAACCAAUACCCAGAUCAUUUGAAGUUCCUGACACUACAGUCCUACCUGACUCCCUUUGGACUAUCUGUAGCUCCAUUGUCCAAUCCCCUUGUUUGCCCGUCGGCUUCACCUACACGUUGGACCAGUUGCAGGCUUCCCUAUAUUGGGUCGUUUUUCUGUAAUUUUUAAGAUUGCGUUCCCGAUCUUUAAAAAGGACCGUAGCUCUGAUGGACUGCAUUGCCUAAUAUAUGUCUGGAGGGGAAAUAAAGGUUUAGGAUUCUAGUCCAGUGAUGGUGAACCUUGGCACCCCAGAUAUUUUGGAACUACAUUUCCUAUGAUGCUUAAACCACCCUGCAGAGUGCAGGAGCAUCAUGGGAAAUGUAGUUCCAAAACAUCUGGGGUCUCAAGGUUCUCAAUCACUGGUCUAGUCCAUAACCAUUCAUUUCUAGAAUUAAUAAAAGAUAACCGAGUAUUAAAAAUGAAACGGCUUGGUAGGACUGAGCAGACCAUAUUCCCGUAUUAUGGAAUGACUUGGGCUACAUCAGUUCCCUCCCCCCCGCCCCGGUUUUCUUGUGUCUAGUUGCGUAUGUUGCUAUUUUGAAGGUGAACACCAGGUAUGGAGAAGGUUGUCCUGAUCACAUUUGCUGCAUCUCUCAGGCAAGGGAGGGUGGCCAGCUUCCCAGAACCCUUCAGUAUCCCUGCUGUCUUGUCACCUAUCGACUCCUCCUCCUCUUGGCUUUUUUGCGGUUUAAUAACCGAAAUAGAACACAGUUAAAAGUCUCUAAGUAGGGUAAACACUUUUUUUUUUUUUUUUUUUUUUAUAUUGUAUUUUAUUUUUUGUUUUUACAUUUUGGACUGUGCCUUUUUAGACCCCGAAUUCUCGGACGGAGCUUUCCCGGCUCCAACCCGCUAUGCACGCCAUUUCAUGUCCGAGGCCUCUCUCCGUCAGGGCGCUUGUCUCAUUAUAUAUCGCCUGGCGCGGGAGGCGGGGUUUCCGAUUUCCAUCGUUUUUAAAGGGAAGAGAUUUCCGUGCACACAUCGUUUGUCACUGUAAGCCACAUACUCAAAUAAUGCCUCUGUUUUUGCUCAUCAUUCCUCAGGCACUUUGUAAUAUUUUAUUUCUGUUUUUAUUUUUUUUCAUGACUUACCACUUUACUUUUGUUUCCUGUUUUUGAAUACAUUUUGCCCUACAGCUCUGCAGUUUAAACUUCACCCCAUGUCCAUGUUUAAUGCCUGGAACUCCAGUUCCCUGGAGCUAUGUUGGAAUCCUGAUAUAUUGUUAAAUAAAGUUUUUUUCCUAUGGAAA